UCUUACACACACACCACAUUGCACAUUGGCAGGAUCCCCCGUUGCCAGCAUCCAAGCCCCACACGGCAGCCAUCAGCUGGGCCCCUGGAGCCGACAGACCCCACAGACCCCACAGACCCGACCUGAGAUGGUGUCUUUUGCUUGCUGGAGCCUGCCUAUAACCCUUCUUGCCCUGCUCUGCUGCUCAGGGUCUGGUAAGAAGGCGUUUGAGGUCUACAUAUGGUCCGAGAAGCAUGUAGUGGAAGCCACAGAGUCUUGGAAAGUCAACUGCAGCACCAGCUGUGAAAAUCCGGAAAAGGGUGGUCUGGAGACCUCUAUGAGUAAGAUAAUGUUGGAACAGCACCCUCAAGGCAAGUGGAAACAGUUCUUAGUCUCAAACAUCUCCAAUGACAUGACUAUCCUCUGCCAUUUCACCUGUGAGAAGGAGCAGUACUCUACGGAUCUCAACAUCACAGUAUACCAGCCUCCGUCUCAGGUCACCCUGAAGUUGAAGCCCCCUCGGGUGGUUGUGGGGGAAGCCUUCACCAUUGAGUGCACAGUAUCAGCUGUGAAGCCCCUUGAGAGCCUGACCCUUACUCUGCUCCGUGGCAGAGAGAGCCUGCAGAACCAGACCUUCGAGGGAACUGAACAUGAGGCCAUAGCCAUAUUCAACAGCACAGCUCUAACAAAGAAUGGUCUCAACUUCUCCUGCCAGGCUGAGCUGGACCUGCGGCCCCAUGGUGGGCACAUCAUCCGCAGCUUCUCAGAGUCCCAGAUCCUUGAAGUCUUCGAGCCUAUGCAGGACAACCAGAUGGUCAUCAUAAUCGUAGUGGUGUCAAUACUCCUCUUCUUAUUUGUGACAUCCAUCCUACUCUGCUUUAUCCUCGGUCAGCACUGGCACAGGAGGCGGAUGGGCACCUAUGGGGUGCUAGCUGCCUGGAGGAGGCUGCCCCGAGCCUUCCGGCAACGUCCUGUGUGAGCUGAUGUUGCCGGGCCCCUGGUGGCUGCUGGAACUCAACAUGACGCCCUCAGGGUGUGGUCCAGCACGGGGUGAUGGACUGUGGCAGCACCACAAGACUCUGGGGACAUUGCCUUCUUUGAGCCUCAAUACAAAUCCCUGGAUCUCG